AGCACCAGAGUGCUCAUUAUAGGCUUGUGCUCAGGGUUAGCAGCAGCCUUAUGUAUCACAAUGGCUUUGUUUCUCUGGAUGUUCCUGAGAAAAAGGCAAGAUAGAGGAAUGGUGUCAAUUGAAGGCGUCCUUGUCCAGUUCAAAUACUCUGAUCUUCGCCGGAUGACCAAGAACUUCUCGGAGAUGCUUGGCCAAGGAGGAUUUGGCUCUGUUUUCAAAGGUGCACUGCCCAAUAUGACUGCAAUAGCUGUGAAACAACUCAGAAGCAUUGUGCGACAGGAGAAGGAUUUUCAGACUGAAGUUAUCACGCUGGGCAGAAUUCAGCAUAUUAAUUUGAUUCGUCUCCUAGGAUUCUGCUGCGAGGGCACAAAAAGGUUGCUGGUUUAUGAUUACAUGCCGAAUGGAUCUCUUGAUCAUCAUCUUUUUAACAGGAAUGAUGUUGUCCUAGAUUGGAGAACCAGAUACCAGAUAAUUAUCGGGGUUGCUAAAGGAUUAGAGUACCUGCAUGAGAAAUGUAGGGACUGCAUUAUACAUUGUGAUGUAAAGCCAGAAAAUAUACUUUUGGAUUCUGAUUUUUGUCCAAAGGUGUCUGACUUUGGCAUGGCAAAGCUCAUCCAUAGGAAUUUUAGUAAAGUGUUAACGAGCAUGAAGGGGACCUUUGGCUAUUUAGCACCAGAAUGGAUUUCAGGCCAACCAAUCACGCCAAAAGCUGACGUCUACAGCUAUGGUAUGAUGCUUUUCGAAGUGAUAUCAGGCAGGCGAAACAGUGAUCAAUCUCGGAGUACAAACAACAAGUAUUUUUCCAGUCUGGGCAGCACAAACUCACUGAAGGUAACACCCUUUAGCUUGUUAGAUGAGAAUUUAGCACAUGAUGCAGACAUGGAGGAGCUAACCAGAGCCUGCAAGGUGGCUUGUUGGUGUAUUCAGGAAAAUGAGGCACAUAGACCGUCAAUGGGAGUGGUUGUGCUAAUGCUUGAGGGAGUCAUGGAGGCAUACAGUGAUGUACUUGGAUCUAGAUUUUAG